AUGAAAAACGUGAACAAAUUUGUAAUAUUGUCACUACUUCUAAUGAUAAACUAAGCAUUGGAAGAUGUGGAUAUGAAACAACAAAUUGAAUAACUUGAUCAAAACAGAUUUGGUCACACUCUUCUUGAUACAAUUUACUUGUAAUUGUAAACCUAAGAACCGAUUGAAAGAUUAAUGGGAACUUUACAAUAAAUUGAGGAUAGAUACUAUCAAGAUUAAAAGGAAGAGGAUGUUUCACACAAAGACUAUUAAGACUCCUGCAGCGUGGAUCUCUAAAAUUUAGAUCAAAAUAUCAAAGUGAGUGACAAUGAACGUAUCAAAUUGGAAGCAAGAUUGGAAGGUGAACUCUAUCCAAAGAGAGAAAUCUUAUAGAAAUUAAUAUCUCAAAAGCAAGGAGAACUUAAAGAAUUCAGCGGAGAGUUGAAUGAAUUAGAUCAAUAGAGAGAAGAAGAAAAUGAUGAACAUCAACAUAAAAUUCACGAACACGAAGAUGUUAUUGCCAUCUUGAUGUAGGCUAGAACAUUGUUUUCAGAGAAUCUACAGUCACAUGACAACUCCUUUAUUUAAUUGAAUAGCAAUGGAAUUGAAUUACUGUAAAAGCAUUUCGGAGCGUCCAUCAAAAGAGCAAGUAAAUUCACCUAUAGAACCUCUUGGGGUAAAAUGUUCAAAGCUUUGGCCACCAUAACUUCAAGAGUUAAUCAAUUGCAAGAUUCAGCACAAGUUGACAAUAACAAGUUCAUGAUUCAAUGGAUCUUGAGAAGUUCUCAGAGGAAAAAAGAAUUCAAGCUUACGAGAAGACCUAGAAACUUGCUUGUCAUUUCAAUCAAUACCACUGAGAGCACUUUGGCAUCAGCCAUAACUGAUUUCGCAUUAGUGAAUGAAGUGAUCGAGUAGACUCAAGCCACUCUCGAUAAUGUAAAUCAGAGAUUGGAAAUGCUCCAAUAAUCUAGAAAUGAUCGAUUCACCAUAUGUGAAUAAGAGGCUUAGGAUUACUAGGAUUCCAGAUCACAGAGGGAUUCUGACAGGGAUGUUGUAUCAUAAACCAUUGGAUUGUUGAAUAAAUCAUUAAGAACUUUGAAGGAGUAAUUGGCAUUGAGAAUGGCAGCUGGAGAAUAAUUUGAAGAUGUUUGAUUUAAUAUUAUCA